GGGGAAGGGUUUCUCAUUGGAGAUCCCUUCCUUGUGGAGUCUUUCCUGUGAGAUGAGAUCUCUGAGGCAGGUGAGCACCUUUACUUUUCUUUUGGAAUACCAUCCUGUCAUCCUAUCUGUGCUGGUCCCUUUGCUGUUACGCUCCUGGAUCACCCUUCCACUGCCUUUAUCUUUCUGAUUGUAACAGCUGGUUACAGGUGUUUGGCUUCUGUGCUUUAUAGUGAAAGCAGUAUUUUUAAUAAACUGUGAGGUGUUUUAUGUUUUAGAAGAAUGAUAUCUGUCCAUCACAGUUGUGUAUUACCAUCGAUUAAAAAAAAAAAAGAAAACAGCAAACUCAAUAAUAGGUGAUAUUAUUAUUAUUAUUAUUAUUAUUAGCAGUCUGUAAACCAUUGACUGCACUGUGAAUUUUUGCAGCAGUGCCUGCUGUCUGCUGGGAGGUUGCUGUCUUUCCCUUGGAUAGCAGCAUCCUCCCACUGGGGGUUGUACCAGCUCCCUUCCUGCUCUUUGCCUACAGGGCAGCAGCACUGAGAGGAGCGAGGAGGAACUGCUCCACCGCGAUGAGAGCAGAUACAGGAGGGAAUGGGGAAUGAUUGCCAACCUGCAGGGCAAUCUGUUUGCAACUGGCUUUCAUCUCAAAAUUAAUAUUGAUAAAAGCUUAAGUUCUCUGAUAUCCUGGUUACCGGUUUCACUGAUAAAGCAGCCAAUUCACUGAUAAUGUUAUUUAAGUAGUAGUGAAUGAUUAAAGCAACAGAAUCUGGAUUCUGUGCAAAUAAAGUAGUGUGGAAAUUACUGAUAGCAUGCAUAAAAAGGAAUGCAAUAAAAUAAUAAGUACCACACGUUAUCUUGCUUUUGCUGUCAAUACGUUAUUUGUUCAGGUAAGGUAUGGGUAGUGUCUGAUUGACAGCAAUAAUUAGUUUUUGUUAAGUUUGGUAAAAAAAACCAUCUGCCUGAAUGUGCUGUUUCCUGAGUACCACAUGCAGUACAACAGGUGAGAGAAGGGAAGGUGGUCACAAACCUUGUCUAACGUGUCCCUGUCCAAAGCUUUCCUGACACUUAGAUUAGAAUAUUGACCUUUGACUUGAGCUCGCAGAACAAAUGUUCUGCUAAUAAAGACAUUUGAACUUGCUCUGCACUGAGUUCACAUCAGGUCUUUGUACUGAAAGUUACAGCGGGGGGAGAAACCCCAAAGCAGAAGGUGAUCCCAUGGGCUGGACUCGAUACGCUGCCUGGGCCAUCAGGAAGGGUUGUCGGAUGCCUGUGUGCUGUUCUGUAAAUACUUCCUUUCUUUAAAUAAAACAAACAAAGCAAGGAGUGGUUUGAACCUUCUACAUCAUUUUACCUGGCUCAGGCUCUAUGCCUACAAUUAAAGGCUGUGCUAUAGCCUUUUGCUUCUUAAUGCCUUCAAAAGCACGCAACUGCAACAUUGGUUACACUGUGAAUAACUUAAUCUAGAGAUUGGUGGGUCAGAAGGUCUGAUCCUCCUCCCACUGGCUGCCCUGUGCUGGGAGCAGGCAGGCUGCUUGGGGUGCUCGCAGCGCGCUGUGAAUCGCCAUGCUGCUGGGUGUGAGAAAGCAGGCAGGAACAUCAUGAUGCGAUUCCAGAACAGCUUUUGGAGCAGGCCGUUCAGUGCUGACUAAAGCCUGUCGUGAAGAACAGGGGGAGGAACCCAUGUGACUGCCUUGUGUUACAUGCUGCUUUAGCUGACGUGGGACUGCUCCCUUCUCCGCAGGGUCAGAAGAAGAGCGUAGGCAGAGGAUGGAUGUCUUUUCUUGUCUGUCAAAUCCAGUUGUGCUGUGUUCUGAACAUCUUCACCUGCUGAUGAGCUACGAAAGUUAUCCUCUUUGUGCAGGCUGGCAGUUGUAUGCAGCUGAACUGCUCCCCUGCAAUGGGACAUCUCUGUAGUGGAACGGCCUUGGCCACUUCACUGAAGCUGAAUAAUUCCAGGGGACGAGGCUGGCUUAUGUGUUAUUUGUGUGUUGCAGGAGUAAUUACAGCAGACUUUCUGUCAGGAUUAUUUCACUGGGGAGCAGACACCUGGGGGUCUGUGGAGCUACCCAUCGUUGGCAAGGCUUUCAUCAGACCCUUUAGAGAACAUCAUAUUGACCCUACAGCAAUUACCAGGCAUGAUUUCAUAGAGACCAACGGAGACAACUGCUUCAUGACGUUGGUCCCAUUGGCAAACAUGGCAUACAAAUUUGUUUCCUUUUCCCCAGAAGCAUUGUAUGAAACGUGUCCUUGGGAGUGCUAUGUCUUUGCCCUUAUCAUCUUCAUAACCAUGACGAACCAGAUUCACAAGUGGUCUCACACAUAUUUUGGUCUUCCACGCUGGGUCAUCUUUCUACAGGACUGGCAUGUUAUCCUGCCUCGGAAACAUCACAGGAUUCACCACGUGUCUCCACAUGAGACAUACUUCUGCAUUACAACUGGUUGGCUGAACUAUCCGUUAGAGAAGAUCAGAUUCUGGAGGUGUUUGGAGAACAUGAUCCAAGGACUAACUGGGGAGAAGCCAAGAGCAGAUGACAUGAAAUGGGCUCAGAAAAUUAAAUAACUUCUGCCAGCUGUCUGCAGUCCUUAACUUUGUUGCCAAUUUUUUGUUUUUAAAGAAGCCAUCAGCCAAAUUCAAGACCUGCAAAGAAAUAACAGACUCUAAAGCACAAACUAAGAAGUGCUAACAGACUGUAAUUUAAAGAACUAAUUCUUAAAACAAUACUUGAAGAUGAUUACUCUUACUGAGCACCUUUUGUUUAGCCAUGUCGCUUACAUCCUAGAAAGUACUUCAUCACUGUAUUUUGUAAAGCUGUCAGGCAAGCCAGAAGGCAGGACAGUUACUUCAUUGGUACGUGGUGGCUUUGUGAACGUGUUGUAUCAACAUUAUUUGACACUUCAAAAAUAGCUUGUUGCCUGAGACCUCUGGGGGAACGGUGACAGCAGUUUGUCACUUCAUGUUUGAGUCCAAAUAACACUGCAUGAAAACAGUGUGUCAGUACUGGAAGCCUAUAAAAUCAUCACUGUUCAAUGCACUCUUUGUUUGGUAAACUUGCAGCUCCAUCUUUGCUAUCGUGUUAAAUCUAACUGAUGUAAUGUGGAACAGAAUUUUGAGAAUCCCACUCCACCGGUGGGUCAUGAAUCCUUAAGUGUCUUCAGUUUCCCUUAACAUAAAAUUGUUCUACUCUCUACAUGGAAUUGGGCAAACCAUUUCUGUAUAAGCCUUCAGUUGUACCUUAACAACUGCCUGAGGAGAGGGAGGGCACAGCACAUGUUUGCAUUCAUUUGUGUGGAGUGCUCACUGGUGAGCCUUCUAUUAAGUGUUUCCUACCCUGACAAUAAAUGUUUGAAAUAGGUAUAGCAUUGGGCACACUGCACAUAGCUGUAUUCAAGAGCUCAAGGUAUCAAACUUAUAAUGUUAGAAGGGAAACGUCAAUGACUGAUGUUUUGUUCAUAUUUUUUUUUUAAGGUGCUUGCUUGUUUCUGUAAAUAAUAUAAGGCCUUAAUCUCUUCUGGUGUAACGGAAUAAUAUUUUAAUGUGAUGUUUGAAUGUAUAUAAUAUAUUUAUAACAGAGAAAUUGGAUAAUACUAAUCACAUUUGUUAUGA